AUGUUAUCAAGGAAAGUUGGAAAGUCUUUUGGUAACAUUGGUCUUGAUCACGAUGGCUGGCAUGGUCAAAAUCAUCAUCGGGGAUGGCAUGCACAUCAUCACUAUCAUGCUCAUGCCAUACCUAUAGGGACUCAUAUUCAAAUUUCUAGACCUAUUGUAAUUCCUGUAAUCAAAAAUAUAGGAGUUCCGGUGCACCAACCUGUCGCAAUUCCAGUUCAGCAUAUAACCGCUGUAGGUGUACCUCAACCUUAUCCGGUACACAUACCCAUAGCACAACCAGUGGCAGUUCCAGUGAUAAAAACAAUUGCAACAAUUGUUGAGAAAAAAAUACCUGUGCCAAUUGAAAAAAUAGUCCCGGUGCCAAUUGAAAAACACAUACCAGUUCCUAUCGAAAAACAUGUGCCCGAAGUUAUUAAAAAACAUUAUCCUGUACAUGUGCCUGUUUACAAACACUCUUUUCACUAUCACAAAAGUCUAGGUUGGGAUGAACCUUCAGUAUGGGAUGAUCGUCGUUAA